CUCUCCCUCUUAAUUUUUUAUGAUUCUCCUCAAUUCUUUUUCUCUAUUCAGUAAAACACCCAAUCCAGUGUUUCCCUCUGACCCUUUUUAUUUUUGUAAAAAAUAAUCAAUAAAAUUACAAAUAUUUGUUUUUUUUUUUCAUUGUUUUUGGUGUAAUGAUAGGAACUAGAGGCGUUCUUGUUUGAGCUAUUGUUUUCAAGUAGGAGUUUUUGUUUAAUCUUAACUUUUAUUUGUAUUAAAUGAAUAAAAAAACCAAUCUUUGAUGUUAAUAAUCCAAGUUUAUGCAUAUGGGUAAGGCUAACUCAGAUCAAAGACUGGUUUCUGGUUUUGUUACAUAGGCAAAGACACUAGCUAUAUUUAUAUACUUUUAUUUAUUUUUGGUCUAAUGCUUCCAUCAAAAAUGGGAGAAGCGAAUGAAAACAGAAGAAGAAGUAGUAGCAGCAGCAGCAGGGGAAUGAGCAAUCUUUCUUUGCGGAUAGAAAAGUACCCAAGAGAUCUGUUACAAAGAUUCAUGUCAAGUGAAGCACAAGCUUCAACAAGAAGUGAAGGAGAGGAAGAAGAUGAAGAAGUGGAGCUGAAUCUUGGGUUGUCAUUAGGAGGUAGAUUUGGGGUUGAUAAGAAUGCAAAGAAGUUGACAAGGUCAUCAUCGAUUGCUGGUUCAAUACCAAUAUUAAGAGAAGGUGAUGCCAAUACUCCGCCGCCAGUCCCUUACCCAACUCUCAUAAGAACAUCUUCUUUGCCUACUGAGACUGAGGAAGAGUGGAGGAAGAGAAAAGAGUUGCAGACACUACGCAGAAUGGCAGCUAAAAGGAGAAGAAGUGAGAAGCAAAGGAGCUCAAGAGAGAAAAUGGAGGUGACUUUGUUAGAGGAAGAGAAGCAAACUGGAAGGGCCAAUAAUAUUGGGGUGGGCGUAGGACCACCUUUUGGGUUGCAGAGUUGGGCCGCAGCUGCAAGGCAGGUGAUUUUAGCAGGAGGGAGUGAAGUGGUGGGGGUGAAAGGGAUAGGUGGUGGUGGUGGUGGUGCAGCUGGGUUUUCACAAGGUUUUAUGCAGCCUUGUUCUCAAGGGUCUGUGGAAUCACAAGGCGGAAGUUCUUCUAGUAUGUCAGAAAUGGAAAAUAAAGCCCUUCAAGGAGCAAGCAGUUGUGGUGAAGCAAGAAGCUCUGGUAGCACCCAAUCCUUACAAGAUCAAGGGAAUCAAGAGGCUACCGGUUCUUCAGGGACAAAGACAAGUGAAACAUGCAGAACUUCCAGACUGGAGGUUGAAACUCUGUGUAAGGCAGCUGAAAAUAGGGGGAAAGAAAGAGGGGAUGCAAUGGAAGAUAUGCCUUGUGUUUUCACAAAGGGAGAAGGUCCUAAUGGGAAAAGAGUAGAAGGCAUUCUGUACAAGUAUGGGAAGGGAGAGGAAGUGAGGAUAAUGUGUGUAUGCCAUGGCAAUUUUCUCUCUCCAGCAGAGUUUGUCAAGCAUGCAGGUGGUGGUGAUGUAGAUCACCCUCUUAGGCAUAUAGUUGUAAACCCUUCCUCUGCUUCCCUUUUGUAAUUUGCAGUUUGAUGGCACCCCUCAAAAAAUGGGGAUGUGAAAAUGGGGAUAAAUUGAAAGGUAAAAAUUUUAGAAAACAGUUUUUUAUUAUUUUUUUUCCAUUGCAAAGUUUGCAAUAUCUAAUUUACUUUUGUUGAAGUCUCCUAGGAGAGAUUUUCGGAUGCCUCUCUUUGGAUCAUGUGGUUUCUUUUUCUCAUGCCUGCUGUAUGUCUCAGAACCUUUGUGUGUUUGGGCAAGAAUCAUUGAUAUGGUCUUUUUUUCUCUUU